AAUGUAAUUUUAGUCAUUGCAUAGCAACUGUGAGGUGAAGUACGUUCAACGACGGAAUUGAUUUUCUAAUAGCGAAAUUUAAAUCAAAUAUGAAUUCAUCAAAAGUUUUGUUGAUUGUGGGUUUAAUCGCCAUUAGCUGUGUAACAUUUUCCUAUGCCAUCAAAUGCUACAGUUGCAACACCAAGGAUUCUUGCAAAAGUCCCAAAAAGGUGGAAUGUACCACGAGUUUGGCAAACCAGACUAGCACUUAUUUAGACAUCCAUCAUACCGGAGUUAAUCUAAAUCAAACAAGUCCAUAUUUGCAAUGCUUCUACGAGAACAUCAAGAGCAAUUAUGGUGACGUCAGAUACAAAGGUUGUGUUUACAGCACCAUAAACGCCUGUGAAUUGCCAUUGCGUCCUGCCCACAAUUCCGGAAGUGUGACACGCUCCUGUGGCAAGUGUGACAACAAGAAUUAUUGUAACCCCGCUGGACGUGCCAAUAUCGGUGCCGUUGUCAUGGUUGCCAUUGUUCUCGUCGGUUUGGUGGGGCGUUCCAUUUGGGUUUAGUAUUUUUUAAAUACUAAUAAAAAACACUUUCUCUGAGUUUUUCCAGAACUGGAAGUGAGCUAGCAAUGGACCUUUCUAUUGAACUGUCAAUAAAAAAGGUUUUGCAAAUCA